CCACUGCCCGCUGCUGCACCUGCACCUGCACCCGCAAUAAUAAUACUCCGCCUCGUGCCGGCCGUUGCUAGCUGGUGCCGUUGCUUUCUCCCAUGUCCGCUCCUCCUCCGGUCCAGGCACUCAAGCGCCGCGACCACUAGCUUGCUGUGCUCUGCUUCCGCCUAGGUUUUCGCGGAGGAGAGCUCAGCUCACUGGAGUGGGAGUGGACUGCCACCUGCGCCGUCGAUGCCCGCCGCCGGUGAUGGGCAAGAAGGGCGGCACCACCAGCUCUUGGCUCACCGCCGUCAAGCGUGCCUUCCGCUCCCCUUCUAAGGAGGACAGCCCCAAGAAGGCCGCCCGCCUACGCGAGGACUCCGACGCCGCCGACGAGGACAAGGGCAAGAGGGAGAGGCGGAGAUGGCUCUUCAGGAAGUCGUCGUCCCCAUCGCCGGCUCCCGCUCCGCCGCCGCAGGAGCAGUCGACGGCGAGGGCGGCGCCUGCCCCGGCCGUGACGGAGGAGCAGCGGCACGCCAUCGCGCUCGCCGUGGCGACGGCGGCGACGGCCGAGGCGGCGGUGGCGACUGCGCAGGCGGCGGCCGAGGUGGUCCGCCUCACGCGGCCCAACUCCAGCUUCGUCCGCGAGCACUACGCCGCCAUCGUCAUCCAGACCGCGUUCCGCGGCUACCUGGCGCGGCGCGCGCUCCGGGCGCUCAAAGGCCUCGUCAAGCUGCAGGCGCUCGUCCGCGGCCACAACGUCCGGAAGCAGGCCAACAUGACGCUCCGGUGCAUGCAGGCGCUGGUGCGCGUCCAGGCCCGCGUCCGCGACCAGCGGAUGCGCCUCUCCCAGGAGUCCAUGUCCUUCUCCGGCGCCGCCGCCGCCGCCGCGCCGUGCGGCAGCAGCAAGUCCUCCUACAGCGUCGACACCUCCAGUUUCUGGGACUCCAAGUACACCCAGGACCUCGCCGCCGACCGCCGCUCCGUCGAGCGGUCGCGAGACGGCAGUAGCUUCGCCGCCGACGACUGGGACGACCGGCCGCGGACGAUAGAGGAGAUCCAGGCGAUGCUGCAGACGAGGAAGGACGCCGCGCUCAAGCGUGAGAGGGCGCUCUCCUACGCCUUCUCCCAUCAAAUUUGGAGGAACCCGGCACCGUCGGUGGAGGAGGAGAUGGACGUCGACGGGCAGCCGAGGUGGGCGGAGAGGUGGAUGGCGUCGCGCGCGUCGUUCGACACCAGCAGGAGCAGCGUCCGCGCCCCCGCGGCGGCGCCUGGGCGCGCGUCGACCGACCACCGCGAGCAGGUCAAGACGCUGGAGAUCGACACCGCGCGGCCGUUCUCGUACUCGACGCCUCGCCGGCACGCGCCGCCAUCGCACUCGUACCACGCGUCGUCUUCGCCGAUGCACCACCGCACGCACCACAGCCACCAGUCGCCGGUGACGCCGUCGCCAUCCAAGGCGCGGCCGCCGAUCCAGGUGCGGUCGGCGAGCCCGCGCGUGGAGCGCGGCGGCGGAGGGGGAAGCUACACCCCGAGUCUGCACUCCCACCGCCACAACGCGUCGUCGGCGGUGCCCAACUACAUGGCGGCGACGGAGUCCGCGAAGGCGCGGGUGCGUUCCCAGAGCGCGCCGCGGCAGCGCCCCGCCACCCCGGAGCGCGACAGGCCGGCGUUCAGCUCCGGCGGCGGCGCCGGCGCGAAGAAGCGGCUGUCGUUCCCCGUCCCGCUCGACCCCUACGGCGCGUACGCGCAGUCCCUGCGGAGCCCGAGCUUCAAGAGCGCCGCGGGGCGGUUCUCGUCGGAGCUGCGGUCCAACGUGUCGUCCUCCUGCGCGGAGAGCCUCGGCGGGGACGUCGUCUCCCCAUCCUCCACCACCGACCUCCGCCGCUGGCUCCGUUAACCCCCCGCCGCCACCGCAACCGCCGCCGCCGGCAAGGUGUUCGCUGUAAUGCUCGUGAGGGAGAGAGAGAAAAAAAAGCACUCCCGCACUGUAUUUUUUUCUCUUUUUUUACCACGACCUCGUAAUUUCAUCGAUACUGCCUUUUUUGGUGUCAGGGGGGGUAGUGGGGCCCACGUGUCAGGGAGAGGGGAGGGGCAGGCUGGCGGUAACUGGAAAGCGUAGGUGGGGGUUAGUUGGAGUUCGGGAAAGGGUGGCUACAUUGCACUGUUUGCUUUUACGUGUGUUGGGCAGUGAAGGCGGCUUUUUACUUUUCCCGUC